AUGGCGUACCAGGGCAGCAGAAGGUGCAAGGAAAUGGCACUCAGCUGCGGACUACUCGAGCUUUGGAUUCUUUGUUCUGAAAUCGUUGGAAGUAAGCGCGAACUGGCCGGACAGGAAACUGCUGAAGUAUGUGUGGGCACGUCAGUCGGUACGAUCACGGAGCCCGACUGCCUCGGCCCCUGCGAGCCUGGUACCUCGGUCACGUUGGAGGGCAUCGUGUGGCACGAAACGGAAGGUGGUGUCUUAGUAGUGAAUGUAACCUGGCGGGGGAAGACCUAUGUGGGCACAUUACUGGAUUGCACCCGACAUGACUGGGCGCCGCCGCGGUUUUGUGACUCCCCGACGGAGGAGUUGGACUCGAGGACGCCGAAAGGUCGAGCGAAACGCGGCCGAGGCGCAGCGCCUACCGACAUGACCAACUUCACGGAGACACGUUCGUCCGUGCAUAGCAAGCUGCGUAACGGCGGUGCCAAAGGACGGCGCGCGUUGCCCUCGCCCACACCGUUCACGCCGCCGCGGCCAGACUCCAAGAGGAAGCGCAACUCCGAAGCUGAAGAACGGCCGCCCACGCCUAAAGCCAAGCGACCCCCGCCCACACCUACCUCUCCCCCGCCUGACCCCGUCCUGCUAGAAUGUCCGGAGCCCAACUGCUCAAAGAAGUACAAACACGCGAACGGUCUAAAGUAUCACCGAUCGCACGCACACGGUUCGCCGGAUGACGAAGACAAGGACGGCUCCAGCUCCGAGCUGGAGGAGCCAACGGGAGAACCGGCAUCCCCGGUUUGUCCCCCAUCGGAGCCUGCAACCCCCGCCACUCCUGUAAAAUCUCCCACGCCUGCGAAAUCUCCCGACGUGAAGAGCGAUAAGUCCCCCGAGAAAUCGCCGGAGAAAUCAGAACCGGUUGAGGUGUCCCCACAACCCAGGUUCCCAGAAGAGUUCGCGCCCACACCUGAGCCUACUCCGCAACCCGAGCGCCCACCAACACCACCGGCGCCCUCGACGCCCCCGCCUGAAACCCUACCUCCGCUACAGUCUAUACAGCCCACGCAAUUCAAGGUGAAACCUCGUUCAGCAUUGAUGCCAUCGGAGGAGCGUAAAUCAACAGAGUCCCCAGCGGAGGAGUCGCCGGGCAAGCGGAGAGCACGGCGCUCGCCCACGCCCGGUGUGCGCUCACCCGCGUACUCCGACAUCUCGGACGACGCCGCGCCGCCGGAGGGCGCGCCUGACGCCGAGCCUAGCCAUCGACCCUUCCCCGUUUACCAUCAGUACUACGGGCAGCCGCAGUACUUGCAGCCCACGCACCCGCCCGCCGCGCCCCCGCCCGCACAAGAUAAGGGCAAGGAAGACCUCAGUAAAGGCGACCCUAAGGCUGAUCUCAAGGACAACAAACCAGAAAGCGGUCCACAGAAAGUUCUACCGCAGCAUUUUUACCCGUACAAUUAUGUUCAAAAUUUUCCCUACAACGUGGAAUCUGGUGCGCCGCCGGGAACACCACUGGAAGAGAAGAGCAAGUCCCACGGUGACGGGGACAGGGCCAAGACGACCCCCAGCCCGUUGGACAAGAGCAAACAGCAGCGACCUCCAGACGGCAAAGAGAACCCGGCGCGACCCAACGAGAACCAUCAGAUACUCAAAGAAAGCAUAGAGAUGAAGGCCCAGAUGGGCUCCUACGCAUUCCAACGACCGCCACAUACCAGGGAAGAAGAAUUGAGAAGGUAG